CCUGCCGCGGGCCCCAGAAAAAUCCACCUUUCCCCAUGGCUCAGUCCUGCUACUGGUGUGACCCAAGGCUUGGAGCCGAGGGCCUGAGGCUCGGAGCCCUCCAUGAUGCUCCCAUUUUCUUCCCCACAGGUAGGUGAGAGCCCCGAGGGUCUGAGCAAGGCAGCAUGGCAAUGUUCCUGGGGGCCACGCACGCCCACUCGGUCCUCAGACGCUUCCCCCGCGCCAACGGCUUCCUGGAGGAGUUCCGCCAGGGCACCAUCGAGCGGGAGUGCAUAGAGGAGAUCUGCAGCUACGAGGAGGUCAAGGAGGUGUUUGAGAACAAGGAGAAAACAAUGGAGUUCUGGAAAGGCUACACCAACUCUGUCUACUCCGUCAAGGACCCGGGGCCGGGCACGGAGCGCUCGGACGCCAUGUACGUGGUGGUGCCUCUCCUGGGCGUGGCGCUGCUCAUAGUCAUCGCCCUGUUCAUCAUCUGGAGGUGCCAGCUGCAGAAGGCCACGCGCCACCGCCCCUCGUACGCCCAGAACCGCUACCUGGCCAGCCGCGCGGGCCGCAGCCUCCCCCGGGUCAUGGUGUACCGAGAGACCUCUCACAGCCAGGGGGAAGGCCAGAGCCAGCGCGAGCCGGGCGCCCGGGGGCCUGCCGACGGCCGGGCCGGGGGCGGCUCCCACUUGGAUGGCACCCUCUACCCGCCGGAGCACUCCGUCUCCAUCCUCUCCAGACUGUCCAGCGCCACCCCUCCCCCUUCCUACGAGGAGGUGACCGGGCACCCGGAGAGCAGCAGCAGCAGCGGCGAGGAGACCAGCGUCUCCUAUAACGACCCGCCGCCCAAGUACGAAGAGAUCGUGGGCGCGGCCCCUGCCGUGGGCAAGUAGCGGUGCCAGUCCCCUGCGCCCGGACCCUCCUUGCGGUGUAAAUCUCUCUCACACUCUUACCAGACGCUGCCAUCACGGGAAAG